AUGCCUGGACUAUCAGAUGAACAACUGCAACUUCAUGAAGAUAAUUCAGAUGGGGGUGUUUUGUCAUGGAAGUACAAAGAGGCCAAACAAGGGGCAGCUGAAAGUGCCAAAGCAUUUGCAAAAUUGCAUAAUUCAGCAGAUCCAGACAUAGUUUACCAAUGGGAAGCUCAAGUGGAACUAUCAUAG